AUGCCGGCGCCUCCCCGAUUCCCGCCCGGCACCCGUGCGCCGGAGACGACUCUCUUCAGCGAGCCGGCCGUCCCCCACCCCCACCGCACGGCAAAUGCGCACGCCGCCUUCCGCCGUGGCUACCGCUAUGCAUCGAUCGGCGGCGGUGUGGUGCUGGUGCUCGGUGGCGCCGUAUACCUCUACUACGCGGCCGUGGAUGCCGACGCUGGCCCGACGCGCGAGAGCGACAAGAGCAUGCUGAGCUGGGCGGGCAUGGAAUCACUCUACACGGAGCUGAAGCGCGGUGUGAGCGACUCGCAUGCCUCGCAGACGGCGCAGUUUAUGCUCCUUUCGAUGUCGCGCUCGAUGGUGAUUGUCAAGGCCGUCGGUCUCUGUGUCUGGGACUACCGCCGCAUUUUGAACAAGCACCACGCGUCGAAGGCGGACGAGGACGAGGCGCUGCGCCAGUGCCACCUCCGCUGCGCGCAGCGUAUCCUUGUGGCGCUGCAGACGAACGGCGGCUUGUACAUCAAGCUGGGCCAGCACCUCUCGUCGGUGAUCCUCCUCCCCCCCGAGUGGACGACGACGCUGAAGCCGCUGCAGGACCAGAACGAGCCGACGCCGCUGCCCGAGCUCGAGGAGCUCUUCCGCGAGGAGACCGGCAAGUCCUUUGACGAGGCCUUUUCGUGGAUGGACGAGAAGCCGAUUGGCGUUGCUUCCCUUGCGCAGGUCCACCGUGCGUGCGACCGUGAGACGGGCCAGAUCCUGGCGGUCAAGAUGCUGCACCCCAACGUCGAGCGCUUCUCGAACGUGGACAUGAAGAUGGUCACGAUCCUCGUGCACUGGGUGAAGCGUGUCUUCCCCGACUUUUCGUUCGAGUGGCUCGCCGACGAGAUGAACAAGAAUAUGCCGCUGGAGCUCGAUUUCCGCCACGAGGCGUCCAACUCGCAGCGCUGCAAGAAGGACUUUGACCAGUACAAGAAGACGUGCGUCGCCUUCCCCGACGUCCCGUGGGUCUUCCGCCGUGUGCUCGCGAUGGAAUUCAUCCAGGGCCGCCGUCCGGACGACCUUGCGUUCCUGGCGGACCACAACAUUGACCGCAAUCGCGUCUCGCAGGAGCUGUCCAAGAUCUUUUCGCAGAUGCUCUACAUGCACGGCUUUUUCCACGCGGACCCGCACGGUGGCAACGUGCUGAUUCGCCCUCGCCAAAAGAACUCGCGGUCCGCCGAAAACUUUGAGAUUGUCCUCCUCGACCACGGCCUGUACUUUGAGAUCGACGAGGAGCUGCGUGCGAACUAUGCGCGUUUCUGGCUCUCGCUCCUGUCGCAUGCCACGCCGCAGGUCCAGCGCGAGCGCCGCAAGUACGCUAAGCUUGUCGGCAACAUUGACGACGACCUGUACCCCGUGCUGGAGAGCGCAAUCACCGGGCGCUCUGGCCUGGAAGGCAGUGACUCGCACAACCCCAAGGGCGUCAAGGGCCGCGAGCGCAUGUCGUCGCUCCUCGACCUCGACGGCGGUUCCAAAAUGAUGAAGGACGAGCAGGAGCACAUCCGCAAGACGGUCAUGGAGAAAGAGGGUAUGCUGCUCAAUGUAAUGGAGCUCCUCCGUCGCGUGCCCCGCGCGAUGCUCAUGGUGCUCAAGAUCAACGACCUGCUGCGCUCGCUCGACGCGAACCUACACACGACCCACGGUCCUACCCGCCCCUUUAUCAUCACCGCUCGUUACUGCGCUCUUGCGGUGCACCAGAACGACGAGAAGAAGCUUGCCGAGCGCUGGCGUAACGAUGGCUUCUCGUUCGGCCUCAUCAAGGCGUACGCCUCGUCGUGGAGCAACUACAUCUACUUUUACGACGGCCUGCUGCUGCUUGAGCGCGUGUCAGACAUCUCGGCGCGCAUCCGCAAGUGCUUUGCGUACUUCCGCGCGCUCUGCAGCGUCGGCUUCGAUACACGCGCCGCACACCGCGCCGCCGCCGGCCUGGAUGAGCAGGCAAAGAGCAACGAGAAGCAGGAAGCCGACCGCACCUCGGCGAUGCUCGCACUCGAGUCGGACGGCGCCGAGGUCGUCGCAGAAGACUCAUAG